AUGGAGGGAACCAAGAGUAUCAUUCAGAACAUGGAGCAAUCCUCUAGCUCGUCCAUGUCCAUGUCAUCCAUGACAAUGCCAAUGAAGCGAUCGACCCCGACGGCCGAUGCCACUCCAACCUCCUCUGCCUCCAUGCAGUUUGCAAAAUCUACCGAUAAGCCAAUGAAUGCUCAGAACUCAAUGAUUAUGAUGAUGUGA